AUGCGAGUUCCAGCUAGUCUCCUCCUGUCCACCGCCCUCCUCGCUGUGGCCUCCGACCUCCAAAGCAAUGUAGCCACAGUGUCUUUCACCCCCUACGCCCUCGUCGGCUGCCGCCAGAGUCAAAAUCCGUAUGACAGACUCGCAAAGGCAUCCAACUUCAACGUCACCUCGGGCGACUGCAUCACUCCCUCGUACGCGUUCUCGGCCUACGUCCAGAUGGCCAACGACGAGAUGGUCAACGGCCCGUGCCAGCUCGUGUUGUACCCCGAGGCUAAUUGUCAGGGGACUGGUUCUCCUGCCACUGUGGCGACAUAUGCCAUGUGCCAGACGGGCAGAUCUGAUGGUGGUGCUAGUUUCCAGCUCGUUUGCGAUGCUUGA